GUUGUUGUGUUGCUGCCAUGGAAGUCUGUGUAUAACAUUUGUCAGUUACCGUCCGUUCUGUGCCGUAAAGGAGGUCGCGGGGUCACUUGGGGUCGAACACCCAAGGGGUUAACGGAGCGUGUACAUCCGGGACACAGCCGGCCACAGGAGGCGCCCAUGCAGAGUCCACUCGGUACCCCCUCCCAGCAGGGUGGGGGGAAUAAUGGAGAACUCGCCCUCACCGGCUCCCAGGUCUCCGUGACGAGACGCCCAAGCAGCGCUGGAAGCGCCAAACUCAUUUCACGCUCCAUCUCCGUCAUCACCGAUACCAGGAGCAGAGGAAACCAGGUGAGGGACUCGCCUCGAGCCAUCAAUAACCUUCGCAGGUCCAACAGUACCACUCAGGUGGCACCAGGCGGCAGCUCGCUCCCCAGCGGUGACCAGCGUGGAGAUUUCUUAGCCUUUUUUGAGAGCAGCUCCGUUGGGAGGAAGAAGCUACACGGACUGGCCAAAACCCCCCCGGAAAAGAGGACCACCUGGAAUAUUCUGGAUGACCAACCUCGUGCUUUUCCUAUACCCUCCAGUGCCCGCAGUGCUAGCUCAGUGCAGAGCCUGAGCAUGAAGAGGAGAGACAUGCCUGCCCUGGCACCCAGUUUCCCAGCCAACAAUAGGAGUAUCAAGGGAACCGUGGGAAACACCGUAACCACCAUGGUGCACAAUAACUAUUCAUCUGGGGAUCGAACCAAGAGCUCCAAUCAGAAACCGCCGUCUCUAAAUAACCAGAGGACACAAAAUGGUGAAGAAUUGGGAAUCAGCUUCCAGAAAUCCCAGAAGAAUCUGUCCAGCGCAACAACUGGGCGUAACAACCACUCCGGGGGGAGCGCAGCGCAGAAGAGGAAAGAGGUCACUGCUGAGGAGGCAGAGCGGUUUAUUCUGCAAGUCAACAAUGCCGCAAUCACCAUUCAGCGCUGGUACCGACGCCAUCGGCAGAAGAGGAGAGCUCGGGAGGAAGCUGUACGGCAUAUGUUGACUUCCAAAAAGGAGGAACGGCAGCAUCAGGCAGAUGAGAGCAGCUACUUAAAUUCCUAUCAGUCCAAAGACGAGGAACGCAAGAGAAUCCGGGAAGAAAAGGCUCGACAAGCCCGACGGGCGGCCAUCCAGGAACUGCAGCUUAAGCGGGCCCAGAAAGCCCUGGAAGCCCAGAAACUGGUGGAAGAGGAGCUGACACGGCUGGAACAGAGCGGGAAGGUGGGAAAGAAGAAGGUCGGCAGGAAUCUGGUCAACUCUCCAUUACAGAGGAGCAGCAAGUCCAAUAAUAAUAAUACAGGUUCUAGAGCGCAAGAUAUGUUGGAAAAUGAUAAUUCGAUGAUGUCACUCUUCAAGCCGUCACCAGACUACAGGAGCAGUGAGCACAGUGCCCAGGUGCCAUCUACUCCUGACCAGGUCGUGGGAGAAGUGUAUGUAGCCGCCUCUGCCCACUCUAAGACCACCCUGACAGAUCUGCUGGACACGUUGAAGCAGCUGGAAGAGCCCGAACCACUGAUGGCCAUUAGAGCAGAGGGCAAAGACAAAUUUCACUGGAUUGAUGGGGACGCCGACACGUCCCUCACGGCAGAUAACCUGGAGCGCCAUAGUCAGAUGACACGCAAUGGACAGGUGGAGCAGAGUGAAGUCCACAGUACGGCCGGGGCCCUGCUGUCUGAGGCCAAGCUGCAGAACAUCAUUACCUUUCUGGAUGAAAUGGAAAAAGCCGAACAGGAAAGGCCGCGGUCCUCGGGCUCCCACGCCCACAGAGGGGCUCUUCUGUCUGAGGAAGAACUGAACCACCUGGAGCAGGCGUCGGCCGUCGCUACUGAGGUGACGAGUUCCAUGUUGAAGAUGCGGCUGGAGCUGGAGGAGAAGAAGAAAGCACUGAACCUUUUGCAGACAGCACUAGCCCAGCAACGUGAAUUAACGGUGCGACAUGUAAAGCAAACCGAGAAAGAGCUGGGCUAUCAGGUGAAGCAGCAGAGCGAGCAGUACGAGGCCACCAUACAGCGCCACCUCACCUUCAUCGACCAGCUCAUCGAUGACAAGAAAGCCCUGAGCGAGCGAUGCGAGUCACUGGUAAGUGAGCUGAAGCAAGUGGAUCACAAGUACUCCAGCAAGAUCUCCCAGAUGCAAGAGCAGCAUGAAACGGUUUGGCAAACUCUGGGCCCCCUGUGUGAGGAGAUGAAGAAGCUGCAGGAACUGAUGACCGCUACCGAAAAAGUGCGGCGGGAGAAGUGGAUUGACGAGAAGACCAGGAAGAUUAAAGAGAUCACAGUGAAGGGCCUGGAGCCCGAGAUCCAGAGACUUAUAUCCAAGCACAAGCAGGAGAUCCGCAAGUUAAAGGCUCUGCAUGAAGCCGAGCUCCUGCAGUCCGAUGAACGCGCGGCGCAGAGAUACGUGCGCCAAGCGGAGGAGCUGAGGCAGAACCUGGAGCGAGAGAAGGAGGAAGUGAGCCAGAGGGAGCGAGAGCUGGCAAAGCAGAGGUAUGAGAAGCAGCUGGUGCAAGAGGAGCAGUCCCUGCAGGAGCAGCGCAGGAGGCUUUACAGCGAGGUGUCCGAGGAGAAGGAGCGCCUGAAACAGCAGGCGGCCAGGCAAAGAGCAGAAUUGGAUGAGCUCCGGAAACAGCUGGAAGACAACUGCGCACUCGCCACCAGAGUCCUGAAAGAAGAGUACGAGAAGAGCAAGGAGGAGCAAGAACGGCGCCACCAGAUUGAGCUGAAGGCAAUCAAAGAGCGGCUGGAGAUCGAGAAGCAGGCCUGGGAGCAGAACUACCUGAAGAAGGAGGAAGCCUGGCUGCUUUCCAGGGAGCGGGAACUGAAAGAAGAGGUGCGGAAAGGGAGAGAUAAGGAGAUAGAACUGGUGAUCCAGCGGCUGGAGGCCGAGAUGUCGACAGCGAGGGAAGAAUGUGAGCGGGCAGCUGAGAACAGGGUUAAGAGGGUGCGAGAAAAGUACGAAUCCGAGCUGCAGGAGCUUGAGCGAUCCGAGCAGAAGUCCCAUGACCGCUGCAACCAAUUAAAGGAGCGAGUGACUGAGCUGGAGGGGGAGCAGAUCAGACUGCACGGACUUCUGAAGCAGAGGGAGCUGGAGGUGGAAGAUCUCCGAAAGAUCACAGACCGGCUGAAUGAGGAGAGAAGGAGCCUCUCAGACGUGAUCCGCCAAGAGUUCGCAGACCGGCUCGUAACCACCGAAGAAGAAAACAAAAGGUUAAAAAUUGAGGCAUCUGAGGCGCAGGCUCGCCAUCGUCUCGAGUUAGAACGGGUGACUCGCGAGAAGGAGGAGGAGCUGGAGGAGGUCCACAAGAGAGUGAAAUCUGCUAUAGUGAAGAAAGAAGAGACUGUGAACAGCCUGCGGAAACAGUGCGAGGCGGCAGUCAAGCGAGCAGAUCACUUGGAAGCCCUCCUGGAACAGCAACGCAAACAGUUAUUGGCAAAGUAACCCCCUAGUUCUCCCUCCUUGUGCGCCCGCUCGUGCCUCCCGGUGACAGACACUACUGCAGGAAUUUUAGUUUGUGCUUUUUCUCCAGUUUGUCUUUUGCACACUUUUCGUUGGUGCCUCAUUUCUAAUGAUAAAAUGAUUAUUUUUUUUUUUACAA